AUGAGCAAGAAAGAAUUCUGGAAGGUUUCAAGUGAUUCCCAGAAGCGGGCCAUCUAUGACCAAUAUGGUGAAGAAGGCCUAAAAGGUCAAAUGCCGCCGCCAGGUGUUGGUGGUGCUGGUCCUGGAGGGAUGGGUGGUGGUAGUGGCAUGAGGAGUGGUGGUACAAGGUUUUCUAGUUCAAUGUUUGGUGAUGAUAUAUUUAGUUCAUUUGGAGAGGGUAGACAAAUGAGUUCAGCCCCGAGGAAGGCACCACCAAUUGAACAAACAUUGCCUUGUAACCUGGAAGAGCUUUACAAGGGAACCACAAAGAGGAUGAAGAUCUCCAGAGAAAUAGCUAAUGCACAGGCAUUUUGGUGUAAAGAUAGGAUGCUUUGA